AUGCGCGAUCCCCUCCCUGUGCCCGACACGCGGGUUCUCGCUGUGGCGAGCCAUGUUGUCUCUGGGUACGUGGGAAACAAGAUUGCCGUCUUCGUGCUGCAGUCUCUAGGAUGCGAUGUCGCAGCCCUCAACACGGUGCAGUUUAGCAACCACACCGGCUACAGGCAAUGGAAAGGAACAAAGGUCUCGGCGCAGGAGAUCCAGGAUCUGUACGAAGGUCUGAAGCAGUCCUACCUCGACGACUUUGACAUGAUGCUCUCCGGAUACAUCCCGGGAGCUGAGGCCGUCAAUGCCGUGGGCGCCAUCGGCCGCGAGCUCAAGGAGAAGUCAAAGACGACUCCAGGCAAGUUCUUCUGGGUCCUUGAUCCCGUCAUGGGCGACAACGGGAGGCUCUACGUCGCCGAAGAUGUCGUCCCAGCCUACAGAUCUCUCAUCCACCAUGCAGAUCUUAUCCUACCCAACCAGUUCGAGGCCGAACUGCUCUCAGAGUCCAAGAUUGUCGACAUGGAUAGCCUAACCAAGGCUAUCCAGCUCAUGCAUGACAAGUUCAAGGUCCCUCAUAUCGUCAUCACCUCGGUUAACCUCGCCUCCCCCGACCACCCGGACUCACAUCUUGCUGUCGUUGGCUCGAGCAUGACCUCUACCGGAAAAGCCCGCCUCUUCAAGAUUGUCUUCCCGUCCAUCGACUGCUAUUUCAGUGGCACGGGCGACAUGUUCGCCGCCCUCAUGGUCAUCCGCAUGCGUGAGGCCGUCCACCACGCAAACGAGGAGCUGAGCUUCACCCCUAGCUGGCUUAGCGAGGACAAUGUCCCCGCGGUCGAGCUGCCCCUCGCUCAGGCCGCCGAGAAGGUCAUCGCUAGCAUGCACGAGGUGCUGUACAAGACGUCCGAGGGCAUGCGCAAGGUCGUCGACCGCACGACGGACGACAUGGCGCCGGAGGAGAGAAGUGAUGAUAAGAAGGUUCACCUGGUGAGGAGCAAGGCGGCCGAGUUGCAGCUCGUGAGGAAUCUCGAUUGUUUGCGCUCGCCAUCGAAGCUGUUCCCCGCCAAGGCCAUGUAG